AGGACGGGUCCGAGGCUGCGAUGGCGGCGGCCUGCGCGGUGGUGGUGGCGUUGAAGGCGGAAGGGGAGGAGGAAGAGAAGGAUCCCGGGGACCCGCGGGACCCCGAAACCUCCCGGAGACGCUUCCAGCAGCUGCGCUACGGGGACGUGUCCGGCCCGGAGGAGGCUCUGAGCCGCCGUCGGGGGCUGUGCUGCCACUGGUUGCGUCCCGAGCGGCGCUCCAAGGAGCAGAUGAUGGAGCUGCUGGUCCUCGAGCAGUUCCUCAGCAUCCUCCCGCGCAGGCUGCGGGACCCUGGGCGUCGACGGCACCCCGAGAGGUGGGAGGAAGCGGCGGCCUGGGCGCGCGCCCUGCAUCCGGCCUCCCCGCAGGGCACCCCGAUUUUCAAGGCCGAGGCUGGAUCUCUGACUAGGGGAAAGUGGAGCAGCUGUCCGUGGCCCGGAAUGGCUCUUGUGGAGAGAGUGCAGAGGACGGCCAGGCUGGACCUGGAGAUCUGAGCUGCCUGGAUCCCUGGCCUGAUCCCAAAGCAGGAAGAGGACUGGAAGGAGGACACUGAGCCUGUGCAGGCCUGCCUGCAAGGCUCACCCUGGGACACUGCCCCCGACCUGGAAGAGAAACCACCUAAAGAUGCUGCCCCACCACCGCCACAGCCCCAGGGUUCACCAGGAGAGCCAGGGCCCACAGUCACCUCACAUGUCUCAGCAUCCAGGGAGGCGAGGCAGGGGGAUGGUGAGUUCAAGGCCAGUCUGGGCCGCAGGGUAGGACCCUCACGUGACGCUGGCAUGAACUCUUCCUCCUGCUCCUCAGCAUGUCCUUUAUCUCGGAGAACAGCAUCGUUUCUGCGGGCCACAAGUGCUGCAUGAUGCUCUUUAGCUACAAUAACCACAGCGGCCUGAGCUUCAUGUCCAAGCUGGACAUCCCCAAGCAAAGCGUCCAGCACAACAUGGACAAGAGGGCCACCACCGAGGACUGAAACUCCACAGCCCUGGAGAUGCUGCACUGAACAGCAUCAUGUGGGUCCGGGUUGCAGUCAUAGGGCCAGGUGUCCAUUUACAAGGUAGAGCAGCAGGACUGUCAUAAAUUCUGCACUACCGUCGUCGACGGGGCCAUGACGAUCUGGGAUUUCAAGGGAACCCGGAGGCCACCAUGGGUGGUGUUGAUAUCCUGAGAGGAGCCACAGGUCAAAAGAGAGCAGUAUGUCCCUUUUAUCAGAGCAAGAAAAAUGUUUCUUUCGCUGGACAAGAACUAUUUCACUAAUUCUGGAUGAAUGCUAUUUUUGGUCGAGACCUGUCCCAGGAGAAUCCAUAUUUACCCACAUGGAAGCCUGGGAGGAGUUCACCACCGAUGGAUUAUACCGAACCUUGCUGUGCCAAGGCCCCAUAGAACUCAGAAGAGACAGAACAAGAAAAAAACAACAUCUCUCCUUUUUCAGUGAUGCUUUGUUUGUGUCUAAUAACCUGUGAGUAUGUCCCUCAUGGCUGCUGUACUAUUAGAAGCUACACUUUGAUUAGGCUUUACUGUACAAAAAUAAAAGUUUUUGAUUUAUGUUUUGCUUUAUAAUUACCUUA